CGCCGGUACAGGGGUCACCCCUUCCCCGUCACCCCGCUGCCCACGAGGGUCGCAGCCAGCACACGAUACCAUGGGACGGGUUAUGAGACAGGCUGAGCUCUGCUGUCCCGGUCCCGGCGUGGCCUGAGCCGUGUCCCUGUGUCCUCCCCGGUGGAGUGACAGGUUGAUGACACUGGGAUCUGCCGUGCUGCAGGAAUAGGUUGUUCCCACAAGCCGCCCCCUCUCCCCCGGCUGUCGGACUCAUCCCUGAUGCCGGGGAAGCUGAGGCGCAGCAGGCGGGAGGUGCUGGGGGAGAAGCAGUGGCGGAGCGCGGAGGAGAAGGGAAGUGCCCAGCGGGAGCAGCCCAAGCUCACCAGAUCCAGGACCUAUGAGUCCUCCUGCAAGGAGCCGGAGCAGGCGGCUGAGGGCAGGCAGGGACCCCCAUCCCCCUCGCUGAGCAAGCAGGACAGCAGCUACCGCCGGGCCUUCGGGGAGCUCGCCGAGCAGGACGUGCUGCUGGGCUGCUUCUCCUGCGCCUGGCAGAGAGAAAUGCCCUACCACGGCCGCCUCUACGUGUCCUCCCGCCACAUCUGCUUCCACUCCAACCUUCUGCUCAAGGACAUCAAGGCCGUGGUCCCUGUCGCCUCCAUCUCAGCCCUCAAAAAGACCAACACGGCGCUGCUGGUGCCCAACGCAAUCAGCAUCCGCACGGACAAGGGGGAGAAGUUCCUGUUUGUGUCGGUGCGCCAGCGAGAAGCCACGUACCAGCUCCUGAGGUCGGUGUGCAAACACCUGCAGGGCAGCGGCCAGAGCCCUCGAGACUCAGUGAGCUCCGAGGAAACCCUUGGGAAGUCUCAGAUCUCGAGCCAGUCAGCCCUGGAGCAGAGCACCCCGGAGCCCAAGAGCCUCCCCGGAUCCCUGGGACACACAGACCCCUCCCUGGGGCAUUCAUCGAGUGUCUUCUGGUCACCCGCAGAUGAGCCCAACCCGAGAUCAAGGCAGGCAGAGGAUGAGGAUGGCGAGGUGGCCCUGCUGAUUCCCAGAUGGGUGCCUGCAGCAGAGAAACGUGGCCUCUGGGGGAGAGCCCACGCCGUGCUCUGGGCCUGGGUCACUGCACUUUGGUCCCGGAUAAACCCCCUGAGAGAGCUGAGCUCUCUCAACAUCAUCAUCACCAUCUACCUGCUGCUCAUGGUGGCCUUGCUGCUGUCCUCGGGGUACAUCGGGCUGCGCAUCGCGGAGCUGGAGCAGCAGCUGUCCUUCGCGGAGGCCGGCCCGCGCCUCAACCUGUCACCGCAGUACAAGAGAACGUGAGGCCACUGAGGACCAUCAGCAGUGCUCCAGCCAGGCUCAGGGGCUGCUCUGAGCCCGUCCUUGGCCUCUCAGGGUGGCUCUGUCACCAAGUGCCUUCCAGCUCCCCACGAUGCCUGGGGAGCCCACGGGCUGAGAGGCUCCAUCUCCCUGUCUGCCCACCCUGAGCAGCAGCAGAAGAGACCCAGGGAGCUCCUGGCAGGGCAGGGAGCAGGGAAGGGGGGCUGGAGUCAGCAGCAACCCCCAGCCAGCCCUCCCUGCCCAGAGGGAGAGAGGGUCAAGCCCCAGGCAAGGCAGGGGCACAGAGAACAGAAUAUUUUGUUAAUAAAGAUUAAUAAAAAUCUA